AAACUUCAGAGUUUGAACACAGUGUCUGUGUCUGUACUCUGUCAAUCUGUAUAAUGCAGCAAAAAUAGUACACUCUAGUACCUCACUCACUCCACUCCACACACUUUCCCCCAAAAAAUAGCGCGUGCUCUCACUCUCUCCCACGUUUUCUCAUUCAAAUCCCCUCACCCUCCACAAAACAAGCAACAUUACAAAAAACAAACCAACCUCAAACUCAAAAAACAAAACAAACCACUAUCUUUCUCUUACUCUCUCUCUCUCCUUCCUCUGUCUUCUGCACAAAACCACAUUCACACUCAUAGUUCAAAACUUCUUUUCUUUUUCACAAUAUCACCAAACCCAUUUCCUUCAAAUCCUCAAAAACAUCUUUCAUUCACCAUUUCAUGCAAAGAUUCCAUCUUGGUAUCUCUCAAAAUCAAAACUUGAUGAUGAAUUCUUCUUCAUCUCCUCUUUCUCUUCAACCCCAAAAAUCACCUUUUCAAGACCCACUUGAAGAUUCCUCACCAAAACAAACCAAAAAAACCUUACUUUCUUCUCUAAUGGGUAGUAGUAACAACAAUAACAACUCUUCUUCAACUCUUAGAACACCUUCUUUUGAAGAAGAUAACUACUUUGUCACUCUUCUCAAAUCCUCAGAGAAAAAAGCACUUCAAGACCUCAAAAAAAGCCUCCUUGAAGCAACUUCUAAUGGAGUUGAAGUUGGUGUUUCCAUGUGGGGUAUUCCUCUUCUUGGUGGUGAUGACAGAGCUGAUGUAAUCCUCUUGAAAUUUUUAAGAGCAAGAGAUUUCAGAGUUAAUGAAGCACUAAACAUGAUUAUAAAGUGUUUAGCUUGGAGAAAAGAGUUUAAUGCUGACACAAUAGUUGAAGAAGAUUUGAGUCAAUUCAAAGAGCUUGAAGGUGUUAUAGCUUAUAUGCAAAGCUAUGACAAAGAGGGUCACCCUGUUUGCUACAAUGCUUAUGGUUUGUUUAGAGAUAAAGAAAUGUAUGAGAGAAUUUUUGGUGAUGAAGAAAAGCUUAAGAUGUUUCUUAGAUGGAGAGUUCAAGUUCUUGAAAGAGGUAUUAGGCUUCUUCAUUUUAAGCCUGGUGGUGUUAAUUCUCUUAUUCAAGUUACUGAUCUUAAGGAUAUGCCUAAAAGAGAAUUAAGGGUUGCUUCUAACCAUAUCAUGUCACUCUUUCAAGAUAACUACCCUGAAAUGGUUGCUAGAAAGAUUUUCAUCAAUGUGCCAUGGUACUUCAGUAUGUUGUAUUCAAUGUUUAGUCCAUUUUUGACACAAAGGACUAAGAGCAAGUUUGUGAUCUCAAAGGAAGGAAAUGCUGCUGAGACACUCUACAAAUUCAUUAGACCUGAGGAUAUUCCUGUUCAGUAUGGAGGGCUGAAUGUUCCAAGUGAUUUGCAAAAUGGUCCCCCAAAACCUGCUUCUGAAUUCACUGUCAAAGGAGGGGAGAAAGUGAAUAUACAAAUAGAAGGAAUUGAGGGAGGUGCAACUAUCACUUGGGACAUUGUUGUGGGAGGUUGGGACUUAGAAUACAGUGUUGAGUUUGUCCCAAAUGCUGAAGGAAGCUACACUAUAGCAGUUUCAAAGCCAAAAAAGAUCGGAGCCUCAGAACUAGCAAUUCACAACUCAUUCACAUCAAAAGAAUCGGGCAAAAUGAUACUCUCGGUCGACAACACUGCCUCCAGGAAGAAAAAAGUCGCUGCUUAUCGUUAUGUUGUCCGCAAAUGUGCCACCACUUGAGUGAUAUUGCCAUUAGGUGUGUUUGGAAACCUUAAUUUCUGCAGGGAAAACAUGCGGUGACCUUAGUCCAACUACCGCACGGUGGCUGAAUUUCCAACAUGUUUUCAAACACACAAAGCUCUAAUGACUUUUUAUUUGAAUUUAAAUUUUUGCUAAUGAUGUUUUUUAUUUUAACCUUUGUUUUAAGAGUCUUAUUUAUGCUUGUUAACUUGUGAUGGCAUGCAUGUUUAACUUUAGAGGUAUUAAUAUUAAUUAACUUAGUAGUGUAAUGUAAAGAAGAGAACUUUAUGUUGGUAGUAGUAAUGGCAAUAUUGCUUGGUAUAGAAGAAAAGCCAUUAAGUUUGCUUAUAUAGCAUACCAUGUUACUGUUUGUUGUGACCAUUUUGGUGGAUUUUUGGGGCAAAGUAAUGUGUAUGUUGCUUAAGCACCUACAGAACAGAAGGGUGACUUUGUGAAGGUGCAAUCUAUAUUUUAUGAUUUAAAUUUUUAGUAAAUCUCUUAAUUGUUUAUUGACAUUGUAA